CAAGGAGUCCAAGACCAAAACAAGCAAAUUGCGUACGUUUUGAUGUCGCGAGGCGGGCCCAAAAUAGAAAUACCAGAAAAUCGAUGCAAAUUCGUCUGAAUCAGAACGUGAUUUACCGUGACCAUGGACGUGAUAUGGGGCAGUGACUCAUUAUUUUGCGGCUGCGCCCUUCCGGACUAAUCAUCGCCUUGGAUUUUCUGCCUGUCGCGUUUUUCUAUAUAACUAUUACUACCGUUGUUACCAUGGCCCACCACUCCAUCUUCACCUCCCCACAAUGCCAGGCAAACACAUACACUUUGACGACGUUGCCAAUACUGUCUUCAAACAGACACCAAGGACUCCUCCUUACCAGCAGCCCUUACCGUUGCCAUCUAAUUAUGGCGCGUCGUCGUCGAUGCCCAGCCAGUAUGGCUCAUUCUGUGCACCAUUACCUGGUUGCAUGACCACCUUGCAUCCUGUUCUUGCUCUCUCCCAGGUUCCCCAAUUGAGAUUCGACGUCUCUCUUCCCCCCGUCAACAUCACACCCAAUAAUCGGGCCGUUUCCCCCCAUGUCUUCUCUGACCCAGCGACCAACCCCGCUUUACCCCUCCUCAUCAUCUCAUCAGCAGCCUUUCCAUGGCGUGUCGACAUCCGGCCCAAGUCAGGCUCGCCUUUUGUCACCGUUGCCGACGUCGUCGAGCAGAUCUACACCUUUUUGCGCACCAAUGUCUCGGAGAAGGAGUGCAACAAGCUCCAGCUGCCUCCACAAACAUUGAAGAGUGUCUAUAGAGCAUUCCAUGAGCGAUACCAACGUAUCCCGGAUCCUGUGAAACUCAAGGAGGAGAGAGACAAGGGUCUGAAGCGGGUAGACUUUUUGCAGGGGCAUCAUACGUUCAUGGGCCUCGCAACUACGGGGGGUGAUCGUAUGCCUGAUGUGUGGCAGUUGUUCGUUGUAUCAUAGCAGAGUCGAGUCGACUGAACACCUCGUCCACUGUUACUCGCCAUGAUACCCCUUCUGCCCCCAGCACCCCCCUCAUACCCUGACAACUGUAUUUCUUAAGCCAUGAUCUCGAUAUGUAUUGCAUCUACUUAUCAUUACGUUUAUGUACCACCCCCCAUCUCUCCCUUAAUGUGUAGUAUAGAUACCUGCACAAUGAAACUACUGCUACUCAUCCACAUCUUACACGGCCCA